AUCCGAUGCACGGCCCGCGGCGCCUUGAGGUCGGCGACGUUCAGUCCAAACAGGUGACGCUUCGCUGGGAGCCGUUCGGAUACAACGUGACCCGCUGCCACAGCUACAACCUGACCGUGCAGUACCGCUACAGACCUGCAGGGGCCCCCAGCAGGGAGCCGGUGAAGGAGGAGGUGCGCGAGGAGGUGGUGUACGACACACUGAGCGCCGUGCCGCAGCACGUCGUCCGUAACCUUCCACCGUUCACCAACGUCAGCCUGAGGCUCGUGCUCAGUAACCCCGAGGGCCGCCGGGAGAGCGAGGAGCUGCUGGUGCUGACGGACGAGGACGUUCCUGGUGCCGUUCCCGUGGACUCGAUCCUCGGCAGCAGCUACGAGCAGCAGAUCAGCCUGAGCUGGAGGGAGCCGCUGCAGACGUACGGCCUCAUCCGCCAGUACGAG